UCACUGGGUCCCAGCCGGUGAUUCCUUGAGUUCCUUGAGGCCGCCGAGUAUCUCCGACAGGGGAGAGACCUGUGUUGCUUUGUAUGGCUCUGCUAUGCAGAGCCAUACAAAGCAGUGUGCUUACAGUGGAAAGCACACACACAGCACACUGUGAAACAGCACACAGUUAACCCUUUGAUCGCCCCUCAUGUUAACCCCUUCCUUCCCAGUGCUCUUAGUACAGUGUCAGUGCUUUUUAUUAGCACUGAUCACUGUAUUGGUGUCACUGGGGAUGCCAGUGACACCAAGUAAGUUCCCCCCAGUGUCAAAAUGCUCGCCGCAGUCC